CCCCAGGUCCCGCGCCCUCUGCUCGCGAGCGGACCCGGGUGCGGGCGAGGCCCGCGCUCCAUGCGGCCGCUCAGCAUGUCCGGGCACUUUCUGCUCGCGCCCAUCCCCGAGUCCUCCCCGGACGGCCUCCUGCCCAAGGACAUCAAACUGGCCGUGCUGGGCGCCGGCCGCGUGGGCAAGAGCGCGAUGAUCGUGCGCUUCCUGACCAAGAGAUUCAUUGGCGACUACGAACCGAACACAGGCAAACUGUAUUCACGGCUCGUCUAUGUAGAGGGGGACCAGUUAUCGCUGCAGAUCCAGGACACUCCCGGGGGCAUCCAGAUCCAAGAUAGCCUUUCCAAGGUCUCCGAUUCCCUGUCCAAAUGUGUGCAGUGGGCGGAAGGCUUCCUGCUAGUCUAUUCCAUCACAGACUAUGACAGCUACCAGUCCAUCCGGCCCCUGUACCAGCACAUCCGCAAGGUCCACCCUGACUCGAAAGCCCCUGUCAUCAUCGUGGGCAACAAGGGGGACCUUCUGCAUGCCCGGCAGGUGCAGACACACGAUGGCAUUCAGCUAGCCAACGAGCUGGGCAGCCUGUUCCUUGAAAUUUCCACUAGUGAAAACUACGAAGACGUCUGUGCUGUGUUUCAGCAUCUCUGCAAAGAAGUGAGCAAGCUGCACAGCCUCGGCGGGGAGAGGAGAAGAGCCUCCAUCAUCCCGCGGCCGCGCUCCCCCAACAUGCAGGACCUGAAGCGGCGCUUCAAGCAGGCUCUGUCUUCCAAAGCCAAAGCCCCCUCUGCGCUGGGGUGAACCAUCUCAGACAGACUCCGCUCCUUUUUAUUACGCAUUUGUGCAGCUGAAAAGACUGGGCUUCUCCUUUUUUAAUCACACGUUCAGAGUUUAUUUUUAUAAAGACUAUUGAUUUUCAAGUGUAUGUGUAUUUCUGAAACUUCAAACAGUGAUUGCUAGAAGCUGGAUAGAGCUUUUUGUUUUUU